CAGACCGUAAUCUAUCAGCCGCUCUCGGUCAAGUCGAACCAUGCCACAAGCCCCCCGCAACGUCCCUCCCGAGCUCGUCGAACAUAUCAUCGACUUCAACUUCAGCGAUCGACCCAGCCUCUUCGCGUGCAGCCUCGUCGCCCGCGCCUGGGUCCCCGCCACUCGACUGCACCUCUUCACCUCCCUCAACCUCAGCACUGCUCGCCGCAUCCUCGCAUUCGCCGACAUUCUCCCCACGUCCCCUUACAUCGCGCGGCACGCGCGGGAGGUCCACGUCCCCGCCUGGCUCAGCAAGCCCGCGCCGCGCGACGCCCUCGCUCAAGUAUUUCAGCAGCUCUGCGAGGUCACGGUGAUCCGUUGUGCAGGGCAGCAGCUCCAGCCGGUGUGGUACGAGGUCCUCGGUCGGCUCAGCUCGGUCAGGUCGUUGAAGCUGCGCGCGACGUGGUGCGACCUCGACGCCCUGAACGGGCUGUUGCGCGCGGUCUCGGGGGUGACGGACCUCUUCGUGCAGACGCGCAUGCUCUCUGGGGUGGGCGAGAUCUCAGCGCCGGCAGCGCGAGUCGUACCCUUACCCGACCUGGAGCGCAUGGUCGUCUUCAACGCUAACGGAUUGCCGAAUGAUUUUCAGUCGAUUAUUUUGAGACAGGACUUGCCUCGCCUUGAGAGUAUCGAGGCGCAGUUUGGCUCGGAAGAGGACAUACUGCUGUUCCGCAAAUUCCUUGAUAGAGGUGGGUACAAGGCCUUGAAAGACUUGCAUAUGGACUUCACCUACGAAUACCUGAGUGGCCCGACGGAUGGGACCGAUGCCACUCAGCUAUUAGGUGAAAGCGUACGGAGGUGCAACCUCCGCAGUCUGGGCCUCAAGUGCGACAACGACGACUUCGCACGAAUCUGGGCAGCCAGUCAGGAAUCCUUGACAUCAACGGACAGUUCUGACUUCCCCAUGUGCAUGUACAACUGAGGCACGUACAUGAUAAAUAUUUGAAGCCUGAGCUGGAAAUAGAGCUUGAGGACGCAGACCGAGC